CCCAGGCGCCCCAAAACAAUAAAUGCUUUAUUAAGAUAAAAUUGCACAUACCAUCCAAUUCACCCAUUAAAAGUAUCCUAUUUGAUGGUUUUUAGUAUGUUCAUAGAUAUGUGCAAUCAACCCGUAAGUCAAUUUUUUUCAUUGAAGUAUAGUUGACACACAAUGUUACAUUUGUUUCCCAAAGUCCAUUUUAAACAUCUUUAUCACCUUAAAAAGAAACUCCAUACCCUUUAGCUAUCAUCCCACAUCCUGUUAUUCCACUGCCCAAGCCAAAACCAACCCAAUUUUUUUUUUUUUUUAAAAUAGAUGAACCUGGGGCUUCCUUGAUGGGCUGGGCCAGAUCUAGCAUGCUGGAGCUUGACGCAAGAAAUAAAAACAGCUGGGUUCCAAAAGGCACAUCAGUUUCUAGUUCACGGAGGCCAAAGCUUUCCUGCUGCUUUCCAUACGUACCUCCCAGUGUGUCUGCCCCCUCCAGCAGCAGCCUCCUCUUUACUUUUCAGAAAAUUCAGAAAAUUUACUUUUAGGAUGCUCCCAGUGCCAGAAACUAUGCUAAGUGCUUUCAUACACAUUUUCUCUUGAAAUUUUCCCAGCAACCCUGCCAAGUAGGCACUAGCCCAAUUUCACAAAGGGUGAGACCCGGAAACUCAGAGAGGUUCAGAUUCUUACCCAAAGCCACACAGCUGGAAUUAGAACCCAGAUGUCUGGCUCCAAAGCCCACAGUCAUUCCACUUUAUCAAACAGUUCUUCAGGUGCCUGCUUCUCCAGCCUUUCACCUGCACCUCGUCUCUCAUACAUACACCAUCUUUGACUCUCCCAGCAGGUGCCCAGGUUGGCCUGACCCAGGAGAUAACAGCUUACUCUCCUGGCCAAGCCGGCUGCCCCCUGGGAAUUUCUGCACCUUCAACAUCCAGCCCAAGGUGCCCUCUCCUUCCCCCACUGGCUCCACGGCCCUUGUAACAGACCGGCCACACAGCACAGAGCACACUGCCCUGGUAUCCAGCAGGUGCUGAAUUGAUGAUCUGUCGCCCGCUCUUGCUGGUUUGUCUCUCUCCUGUCUUAAGCACCCGUACUACGACCUGGUUUUACGCACCUAGAUGUCCCCAGUGCCCAGCCCUGAGCCAGGCACGUAAAAUGUGAAGGAAGUGAGUGAACGGACUAAGAAGUCCUGGAUGGGUCGAGGAGCUCGCCCUCGGACAGGGUGAAAAAAGGACGGCGGCUCAGCCCACAACCGGGCCCCCGCCCCCCGCAAGGGACCGACAGGCGGCUGCGGAGAGCGCGUCCGUGCCCAGCAGGUGGCGCCGCAGCAGCGAGGCCCCCGGGCCCAGGCGGCCCGUCCGGACACGCGGCCGGCGGUCACGCAGCCCCUCUUCCUUCCGCCGGGGGGCGGCCCAGCGGGCCCGGCUCCGCGCACUCCCGGGCGCCCCGGGCGCGUAUCGGCUGGAUCUCCCGGCGCACCGGGCCGCUCCCCGCCGCAGCGGGCGCCAUGGCGCUCCCCGGGGCCCGAGCCCGCGGCUGGGCGGCAGCGGCCAAAAUUGCCCAGAGGCGCCGCCACGCCGAGGGCGCGAGAGGACCCUCGAGUCGUGCGCCCCUGAGCUCGCGCGCGGCGCUUUACGUGCACUGGCCGUACUGUGAGAAGCGCUGCAGUUACUGCAAUUUCAACAAAUACAUCCCCCGCGGCGUGGAGGAGGCAGCCAUGCGGAGCUGUCUGGUGACCGAGGCUCAGACGCUGCUGCGACUCAGCGGGGUGCGGAGGGUGGAAUCUGUGUUCUUUGGAGGGGGCACCCCCAGUCUGGCCAGUCCCAGCACUGUGGCUGCUGUCCUGGAGGCGGUGGACCAGGCAGCUCACCUGCCUGCAGACUCCGAAGUCACAUUGGAGGCCAACCCCACUUCGACCCCCAGAGCCAGGCUGGCAGCUUUUGGGGCUGCAGGGGUCAACAGGUUGUCCAUCGGCCUCCAGUCCCUGGAUGACACCGAGCUCCAGCUGCUGGGGCGGACACACUCGGCCAGAGAUGCUCUCCAGACACUGGCAGAGGCCCGGCGCCUCUUCCCCGGCCGCGUGUCUGUGGACCUGAUGCUGGGGCUGCCGGCCCAGCAGGUGGGGCCGUGGCUCGGGCAGCUGCGGACGCUGCUGGGCUGCUGUGACGACCACCUCUCCCUCUACCAGCUGACCCUGGAGCGGGGCACCGCACUCUUCACCCAGGUGCAGUGGGGCACCCUUCCUGCCCCUGACCCUGAGCUCGCUGCUGAGAUGUACCAGGAGGGACGGGCCAUGCUUCGGGAGGCCGGCUUCCGCCAGUAUGAGGUCUCCAACUUCGCCCGGAAUGUGCAGAAACGGGCCCACCUUCUUCACUCUGAACGGCCUAUUCCCUCCCUCCCCGCAGGGGGCGCUCAGUACCCACAAUUGGACUUACUGGCAGUGCGGUCAGUACCUUGGCAUUGGGCCGGGGGCCCACGGGCGAUUUGUGCCCCAGGGGGCUGGGGGCCACACCCGGGAGGCUCGGAUCCAGACCCUGGAGCCGGACAACUGGAUGAAAGAGGUGAUGCUGUUUGGGCACGGCACCCGGAGGCGCGUCCCCCUGAGCCAGCUGGAGCUGGGUCUUCGGUGUUCCUGGGAGGGUCUGGCUGUGCUGGACUCUCUGUUGCUGACCCUCCUGCCUCGACUCCAAGAGGCCUGGCAGCAGAGAACCCCCUCCCCUGUGCAAGGAGGAUGACCAGACGCUCCUGUGUCCCAGGACCAUGCCAGGCUCUACACCCAACGUGGGGCUCGACCUCAAGACCCCAACAUCGAGAGCCACAUGCUCUGCUGACUGAGCCAGCCAUGUGCCCCUGGGGCAGCUAUUUUAAUUUCCAUUUUACACUUGGGGACAUUGAGAUUCUUGACUCAAGUCCUAUGAGGAGCUUGAAGCUGCUGUAUCUGCCCAGUGCCAGGUAGCUGGACUUGGUAUCUCUGUUUUCCCUCCCGAAGAGGCUCCAGCGGUUAAACCAUCCACUUCCUGGGACAGGACUACAUGCUGCAAAGAAAAGGACUUGAAAUAAUAGGAUUGCUGUAGAAUCAGUGUUUGUGGCCCCCAUGCCCAAGAAUUCAUACCUGGAAACCGAAUCCCCAAGGUGAUGAUAUUAGGAGGUGGGACCUUUGGGCGGUGACUAGGUCAUGGGGGUGGAGCCUUAGUGCCUUUCUAAAAGAGGCCCCAGAGGACCCCUGGUCCCUUCCACCACAUGAAGACAUGGAGAGAAGAUGGACGUCUGCAAACCAGGAAGUGGACCCUCAGCAGACCCCAGAUCUGCCGGCACCUUGAUCUUGGACUUCCCCGUCUCCAGAACUGAGAAAUAAAUGGUUAUUGUUUAAGCCA